AUGCCACCUUUCCCUUCGGUUGUAGAAAUGAGAGAGAAAAGAUUAUCCAUGAAGGAGGUUGGGGACGGGCUGCAUGAACAGAUGAACUGCAUGAUGGGUGCUCUGCAAGAACUGAAACUGCUCCAGGUCCAGACAGCUUUGGAACAGCUGGAGAUUUCAAGUAACCCAAACCAAGUUUCAGGAAUUGGCCAGCAUCAGUAUUGUCAAAACAGUAAGGAGAUGCCAAAGGCAAAGCAUGAUGCCAGCAAAGAGAGUGAGACCUUGCUGGGAAAACGUUAUUUGGACAAUUGCAGAUCUUCAGCCUUUUUAUGCUCAGCUCCUGUGUCACACUCUACCAGCUCAUAUUACCAUAUUUCUUUGCCAGACAGUAGUCAUGGGCACAUAGCUUCAUCCCUGAACAGCAUAGGCAGUGAGGAUGACAGUGGACCUUCUUCAACUAUGAGCACAACAGAUUAUCAUUCACCAAGAAUGCUGGAGUCAUCUAGUGACAACACAACUAGCAGUUGGCUUUCUCAAGAUACUAGCAGCUUAUCUGAGAAUAAGUCAGUUUGUAAGGAUUGUUGGUUUGCUGAUGAGAACAAAGACUGGACUUCCUCAUUAAUGUCUCAAAGUAGGAACAGACAGCCUUUGGUUCUGGGUGAUAACAUCUUUGCUGAUCUAGUUGGGAACUGGCUGGAUUUGCCCGAGAUAGACAGAAAAGCAGAAAAGAAUGAAGCAUCUCGGCCAAGCAGCAAGUCCCAAGAAAUCUAUAGGAAAUUUUCUCUCACAGCCAAUCUCUUCAAGAAAUUUUUAAGGAGUGUCCGGCCAGAUCGAGACAGAUUGCUAAAAGAGAAGCCCUGCUGGCUGCCCACAAAGGACAAAGAGACUGAGAUCUUAAAAAGGCCCAAAACAGUCAACAAACAGAAGGGGCUAUUUUACUUCCCAGUUCAUGGGAGCACACCAGACUCUCAAGACAAAGCCGACAGGUGCCAGAAGAAGGAAGGAAGGAAAGCCAAGCCCAAACCCUGUGCCAAGAAGAUCCACACCACAAUAGAACAGACUCAGUCGGGGUUUGAUUUUAACACAGCAGUCUGGGUCUGAACUCCAAGACUCAUCAUCUCACUUGCCAAAACUGUUCUGCCCCAAACUAGAGACAAAGAAGAACAGUGAAAGAAAUACCCAGACCAGGAUGAGGAAACGGUGAAGAAGAUGGCCUCUAUAGAACAGGUUGACACAUAUAAGUAGAUACAUAUUACCACCACAAGCACAAUUUGUAUGACAAAAUGUAUUUGAUAAAUGGAACUAGAAGUCUUCUAAGGUAGUGCUUGCCAGUGAUGGAUCAUUUGGAUAAGCUUCAAGUUAGCCAAGUGUAUUCACUUUAUCUCCAGGUCAGGUAGCAACAGAACAUUAGGUCACAAGUAUGAGUGUGUGUUACAUGCACUUACAUGUAUGUCUGUUAUUGGAUUUUUUUAAACUCUGCUUUUUCUUGUGUGCACUAAUUCCUGGAUUAUGCACCAGGCAAAUGAAUAAGCACUUGACAAUGAAGUUAAAAAUGAGACGUGAGUUUGUAAGAAGAGACAGACUGUGGGACUUGAACGUAGAUGAAUGGAAUUGGUACAGCCAGUUAUCCCUUUGGUUUUAACUGUUCUUUUUAAAAAUAAUUACUUCUGGGUCACCCACCAUAAUCAGUCCUGUACUAGAAGGUGUCUAAGGAGUGCUGUGUACUAGUAGCCUUCUCAUCACUCCAGCCUCCUGAUGAGCAAUGAUUAUUCAUCUUUCAUUUUGUCUUCAAAGCCUUAAACUGUAGAUGCCACACUGAAGUCCCAAGUUCUAAUAGACCUUUCCCUGAUGCUGUAUUUUCAUUUUGCAUUUCUUACUGUGUUUGAACAUAGUUUUGCAAGAAUGUAGUUUUCUCCAGGGAUCAUCUCCCCAAGAAUUUAUUAAUAAAAGUGACAUUCCU